CUGGACCAGCAAAUGGCCAGCCACCCAUGCUAACGUGGAGACCACAACAAGAACAGCACGAGAACAUCAAGAGACGGGUUCGCAAGCCGGACGUCCUAAUACCUAAUGGAGGGCGACAUGGACGGGAGCUUCGAUUUCUUCGAGGACGUAGUGUUCGAUGUUGCCGUUCUCGACAGUAUGUACCUGCCGGCCGAGGACUCCCUCCAGUCCGCUCUCAACUCCUGGUACGACGACUCGAGCUCGCCGGAGGGCGCCAACCCGUGCUUGACGAGGGCGGCCAAGAACAUCGUCCUCGAGAGGGACCGCCGCAAGAAGCUCAACGAGAGGCUCUGCUCCCUCCGCGGCGUAGUCCCCAACAUCACCAAGAUGGACAAGGCCUCCAUCAUCCAGGACGCCAUCGAGUACAUCCAGGAGCUGCAGGAGCAGGAGCGGCACAUGCUCGCCCAGAUAUCCGACCUCGAAUCCGCCGCCUGCACUGACCUUGUCAUCCAGGCGGAGGAGGACGCUGAGGGUUCCCCGCCGUGGAAGAAGAUGAGGAGGGCAGCCUCCUCCAUCGACGGCGCUGUUUUUUCCCUUGCCACUGAUCAGCGUGUCGAAAUCCUCGAGGUAAUUAUUGCAAGAAAUGUCAAAACAAAAUAUCCAAGUAAUGACACUGGCAUACUGGCAUUGAACAAAAAUACGCUAGGGUGGCAAUGUCAUCUACUGAAUUUACUCAUGAAUAUAUGCUCCACGAAACCUAGCUUACUGACUAUUAGUAUUAAAUUACUUUCUCAAGGUUGUAUAUGUAGAGAUCACUCAGACUCCGAAAAACCUAUUUCUCGGUUGACAUCGUCCGAUCAAGGUCAUCGUAUGCUUUUGAGCCUGCAUGGAUCUUGAUGUUCAAAUCAAAUAUAGUUCUUAACAUUGAAACGGAAAAAGGUAGACACACACCAUCAUCACUUAACUUAAUAAAUACAAAUAUUAAUGGUUACAUACUAGCCUUUUUUUUUAUUAGUGAAUGAAACAAGAAAUAGGGUAUACAAUAG